AUGCAAGAAAAGAAGAGGACGCUCACGGAACCUUUCGAGCCAAGUACUAAUCCAUUUGAUGACAAUGCAGCUGUAUUGGCGGAAAGUGCUAAGGAAAACGUCGAAGGAAAUGGUGAUCGUCUAGGUUCAAAACUGCAGAAGUUAAUUCCACCGGCUUUAAACAUUGUACCACCAGAUAAUAAUGUUCACGGUAGUAGCGAGCAAAAAGACUUUGAUCAUAAUGAUAAAGAUAACUCCUUAGUAUCUAAUAUUUUCCGUACUCGUGUCGGAAGGAGUAGUCAUGAAAACUUGAGCAGGCCCAAGCUCUCACUUCAAACAGCCUCAUUUAGUGCCGUUGAAUCUUCCAGGUGUAAUGCUUCACCUUUGGUAGGAUCUUCCAAGUCUAGUUCACAGUAUAUUGAUUUAAAUGACGAAAGGCUGCGCAGGCGUAGCUUCAGUAAUUAUAGCCGAACGUCUAGUAGACGAGUUUCAAGUUCACCCAGUUCAACAGAUAGAGCCCCACGGUCAGCCAAGGUUUUAUCGUUAAUUGCCGCUGAUGAUAUGGAUGAUUUUGAAGAUUUGCAGAAAGAGUUCAAGAGUGCAAUAGAUGAAGAGGGUUUGACGUGGCUGCCCCAAUUGAAGUCAGAUAAAAGUCGUACUGGAUCUGUCAUUGGUGAAGAGGAAGGAAAGGAGGAAGAACAGGAGUCCAUACUUAAUGUACAUACACCCAAUGUGGGACCAAGUGCUACCCCAGGGUCAAUUCAUCUUACACCAGAGCCUGGACAAAGUACGUCAUUAUCUGAGGGCUUGGAAGGCUCUACGAAUAAUUCAAGAAAGAAAUCCAGUCCUAAGUUUUUUCAUCAUUUGUCACCGCAAAAAGAAGACAAAAAUCAAACUGAAGUUAUUGAGUAUACUGAAGAAAUUCUAGAUUUUGAAACCCUCCAAAAAAAAUUAGAAUCAAGGCCUUUCGUGCUUUAUGGAUAUUCUCUUGGCGUUUUCUCCCCUACGAAUCCACUCAGAAUAAAAAUUGCUCGUUUUUUAUUGCAUAAACGGUAUUCUUUACUUUACAACACUUUAUUGACAUUUUAUACUAUCCUCCUGGCGAUAAGAACAUACAAUCCUCACAACGUUGUUUUUUUAUAUCGUUUCUCUAAUUGGACUGAUUAUUUUAUUUUUAUUAUAUCCGCUUGCUUUACAGUCAACGAUAUUGCAAAAAUAGUUGCAUUUGGAUUUUGGGAUGAUUCUGAAAUGUUCAAAGCCUAUGGACUUGAAUACAAAUCAAUCUUACAGAGAACUGGAAUAAUGAAACUAUAUAUAUAUUUGAGGGAAAAGUAUGGCAGAAAACUGGUGGAUUUUAUUAUCCCCUUUAGGAUUAUAUCGCCAGGAGAAGAAUCGAAGUAUCAACAAAAUUCCCUGAGUACUUCCCUAACGAGAGCAUAUCGUGCGAACGAAAUCCAGAAACCAUUUGGCACGCCAAGAGCAUUUGCACGCUCAUCUUGGAAUAGAAUAGAUCUGGUAUCUUCCGUUAGCUUUUGGCUGGGUAUGUUUCUAUCCAUCAGAAGUUAUGAUUCAAAAGCAGGCAUAAGAAUAUUCAAACCACUUGCUAUAUUAAGAAUUCUUCGACUUGUAAAUAUUGAUACCGGUAUGCCCUCAAUUUUAAGAGGACUGAAGUAUGGUAUUCCACAGUUGAUCAAUGUUAGUUCCAUGUUAGUUUACUUCUGGAUUUUCUUUGGGAUUCUGGGAGUACAGAUUUUUCAAGGAUCUUUUCGAAGACAAUGCGUAUGGUUCAAUUCUGAAGAUCCUACUGAUACGUAUCAGUACGACAUGCAGUUCUGUGGAGGUUACCUCGAUCCUUUAACCAAACAAAGACAAAAUUAUAUCUACGAGGAUGGAUCUGAAGGCUCUGUUUCGAAAGGGUUCCUUUGCCCUCAGUAUUCUAAAUGCGUCUCCAAUGCCAACCCGUACAACGGCAGAAUCAGUUUCGAUAACAUUGUUAAUUCCAUGGAGCUCGUUUUUGUUAUAAUGAGUGCAAAUACCUUUACCGAUUUAAUGUAUUACACAAUGGAUUCAGAUGAAAUGGCCGCCUGUCUAUUUUUUAUUGUUUGCAUUUUUGUUUUAACUAUCUGGCUGUUAAAUUUACUUAUUGCUGUUCUAGUUUCAUCCUUUGAAAUAGCCAAUGAGGAAUACAAAAAGAAAAGGUUAGUAUACGGUUCAAGGAAAACAGGUUAUUUUGCUCGUCUAGUAACAGGUUACUGGAAAUAUUUCAAAUUGAAGGCAAAUCAAACCAAAUUUCCUAGCUGGUCUAAUAAAGGACUCACUAUUUACUCCCACGUUGAAUUUAUAUUUGUUAUACUUAUCAUUUGUGAUAUAGGCAUGCGCGCCUCUGUUAAAGUGAAUACUUCUACAAAUUAUAACAACAUUCUUUUAAAAACUGACAGGGGAAUUUCGAUUGUUCUUUUCAUCGAAUCAUUAGUAAGGUUGGUACUAUAUCUACCCAAUAUGUGGAAAUUUUUAAUAAAACCAAGUUACGUUUACGAUUUUAUUAUAUCAAUUAUUACUCUAGUUAUUAGUUGUCUGGCUGUCGAAGGAGUUCUCGGACAUGCGUACGCCUGGUUAUCCAUAUUUCACAUAUCCAGAUUUUACAGAGUGAUCAUUUCUUUCAACUUAACAAAAAAACUAUGGAAGCAGAUAUUAGGUAAUGGUGUCAUGAUUUGGAAUUUAUCUUCUUUUUACUUUUUUUUUACUUUUCUGGUUGCUAUAGUCAUGGCUGUGUAUUUUGAAGGCGUGAUUCCUCCCGAUGAAAUGGCAGAUCAGCCUUUUGGAAUGUAUUCAUUACCAAAUUCAUUUCUGUCUUUGUUUAUAAUAGGUUCAACUGAAAAUUGGACAGAUAUAUUAUACGCACUUCAAAAACACUCUCCUAAUAUAUCUUCAGCAUUCUUUUGUUCGGUAUUUUUCAUAAUAUGGUUUCUACUGUCCAAUUCGGUGAUCUUGAACAUUUUCAUUGCCUUAAUAUCUGAAAGUAUGGAAGUGAAAGAAGAGGAAAAAAGACCACAACAAAUUAAACAUUAUCUUAAAUUUGUCUAUCCUCAAAAGAUACAGGAAUAUACCCAUGCCAGCCUGAUUGCAAGGAUCAGAAAGAAAUUUUUUGGAAGUCAUAAAAGUGAGGAUACAAGAGAUUUUAAGCAAUUUCUUAUGCGAGGAACUGCCAUCAUGAAUAUAGCACAGAAUAUGGGAGAAUUAGCUGAUGAAUUUAAAGAGCCGCCAUCGGAAAACAUAGUCAAAAAGGGCUUAUCAAAGCUCACGAUAGGGAUUCCAUCACUAAAAAGAUUGAGAAUGUUUGCUAAUAAUCCGUUUUAUAAGAAUAGCGAUGUCGUAUUCACAGAAACGAACGACAUAAACGGGAGAACUUACAUCUUAGAGUUGAAUGAAUAUGAGGAUGAGAAACUGGAUUACUUAAAAAAGUAUCCUUUAUUCAAUUACUCGUAUUAUUUCUUUUCUCCACAGCAUAGGUUUCGAAAGUUCUGUCAACGUCUGGUACCACCAAGUACCGGAAAAAGAACGGACGGGUCACGAUUUUUCGAGGAUAGCACAGAUCUAUACAGUAAGAGGAGUUAUUUCCAUCAUAUUGAAAGGGAUGUAUUCGUUUUUAUUUUUGCACUUGCGACCAUUUUAUUAAUCGUCUGCUCAUGCUACGUUACGCCGUUAUAUCGAAUGCAUCACCAGAUGGGAACUUGGAAUUGGUCCUCGGCGUUAGACUGCGCCUUCAUAGGUGCCUUUUCAAUUGAAUUUAUUGUGAAAACAGUUGCUGACGGAUUUUUGUAUUCCCCAAAUGCCUACUUGAGGAAUCCGUGGAACUUUAUUGAUUUUUGUGUUCUACUCUCUAUGUGGAUUAACUUGAUUGCGUAUCUAAAAAACAACGGUAAUUUAUCCAGAAUUUUUAAGGGCUUGACAGCUCUGAGGGCACUCAGAUGUCUGACAAUUAGUAAUACAGCGCGUCAAACAUUCAACCUAGUUAUGUUUGAUGGUUUGAAUAAAAUUUUUGAGGCUGGAUUAAUUUCACUUAGUUUACUGUUCCCUUUUACCGUUUGGGGUUUGAGUAUCUUCAAAGGCCGCUUAGGUACUUGCAAUGACGGGAAUUUGGGUCGUGCAGAAUGUUACAAUGAGUAUUCAAAUUCGGUUUUUCAAUGGGAUAUUAUGUCUCCAAGGGUUUAUCAGCAACCAUAUCUUCAUUUAGAUUCUUUCGUAAGCGCCUUCAACUCAUUAUAUCAGAUCAUUUCUUUGGAAGGAUGGGUGGACUUGUUGGAAAACAUGAUGAAUAGCUCUGGAAUAGGUACGCCAGCUACGGCAAUGAACUCCGCAGGGAAUGCUUUAUUCCUGGUUUUGUUUAAUUUUUUAAGUAUGGUUUUCAUUCUAAACUUGUUUGUUUCGUUUAUUGUUAAUAACCAAGCAAGGACAACUGGAAGUGCAUACUACACAAUUGAAGAAAAAGCAUGGCUGGAAUCUCAGAAGCUUUUAUCUCAAGCGAAACCCAAAGCAAUUCCAAAUUUAAUUGAGUUACCAAGAGUUAGGCAAUUUUUUUACCAACUUGCGGUUGAAAAGAAAAAUUUCUACUACGCAUCAUUUCUGCAAGUAGUAUUAUACCUGCACAUAAUUAUGCUUCUAAGUCGAAGUUACGAUCCCCGAAACCUGAUAGCUUAUCAAGGGAUCUAUUUUAUGACUUCCACCAGUGUAUUUCUAGUUCAGGAAGCAUUUCACAUCUGCGGUGAAGGACCAAGAUUAUAUUUCAGGAAAAAAUGGAACAGCAUACGAGUCAGUAUUAUCAUUAUAGCUUUUAUCAUGAAUACUGUGGCAUUUCGUGUUCCGGCCUCUCACUAUUGGUUCCACAAUAUCAAAGGAUUCUUCCUUUUGGUAAUAUUUUUGUUUAUUAUACCUCAAAAUGAUACACUGACUGAAUUAUUAGAAACUGCAAUGGCAAGUUUGCCCCCAAUUUUAUCUUUAACUUACACUUGGGGAGUUUUGUUUUUAGUUUAUGCUAUUGCUUUGAACCAAAUCUUCGGAUUAACAAGGUUAGGAAGCAAUACGACUGACAACAUAAAUUUUAGGACAAUCAUCAAAUCAAUGAUCCUCUUGUUUAGAUGUAGUUUUGGCGAGGGCUGGAAUUAUAUCAUGGAUGAUCUAACUGUAUCAGAACCUUAUUGCUCAUCUGACGACAAUUCAAACUAUACAGAUUGUGGAUCGGAGACAUACGCCUAUUUAUUACUAAUGUCAUGGAAUAUUAUUUCCAUGUACAUAUUCGUAAACAUGUUUGUUUCGUUGAUCAUUGGCAAUUUCAGUUAUGUUUACCGUAGCGGUGGUUCUCGCUCUGGCAUCAACAGGUCAGAGAUAAAAAAAUAUAUCGAAGCAUGGUGCAAAUUUGAUACUGAUGGCACUGGUGAGUUGGAGCUGUCCUACCUUCCAAGGAUAAUGCAUUCUUUUGACGGUCCCCUUUCAUUUAAGAUAUGGGAAGGUAGAUUAACGGUGAAAAGUCUAGUCAAGAACUACAUGGAGGUAAACCCAGAAGAUCCAUAUGAUGUAAAAAUAGACUUGAUCGGAUUAAAUAAAGAGUUGAACACAAUUAAUAAAGCAAAGGUCAUACAGAGGAAAUUACAAUACAGACGAUUUGUCCAGAGCAUUCAUUAUACAAAUUCUUAUAACGGGUGUAUUAAAUUCUCGGAUUUAUUACUACAGAUACCUCUUUACACUGCUUAUUCUGCGAGAGAAUGUUUAGGUAUUGAUCAAUAUGUUCACCAUUUAUAUAUUUUGGGUAAAGUGGACAAGUACUUGGACAAUCAAAGAAAUUUUGAUGUUUUGGAAAUGGUGGUAACAAGAUGGAAAUUCCAUUCUAGGAUGAAGCGCACUAUUGAACCUGACUGGGAUCUUAAAAAUCGCAUGGUAUCGUCCUCUCACAUUUCUAAUAUUGAUCUAAGUCUGGAAUCUGUUCCAGAAACUAUUGAGAGAGAAUCUGUUGCAACACCCAGGAUGGAUUACGGUGUGAACAACUUUAUGUGGUCUCCAAGGAUAAAUCAGGUUGCAGCAAUGGAGCCGCCAGAAAAAACAACAGAUGAAGAAGAGGAUGGUCAAAAUUCAAACAAUCAUAUUAAUAAAUAA